AACUUUAAUUGCCAUCCAUAAAUCCUCAGAUCGCCGAGUGCGGACUGUCCCUAAAAACACUGUUGCAUCGUGCCUGUUUAGGGCCCUUGGGGAGGUGGCGGGGACGAAGAGCAGGAGCGGGGUCCAGCCGACCCCUGCUCGGAGGGUUCCCUACACGGCUCGCGACAGGCUGGGGACAAGGAUGGGACCGCACGGCGAGACCUGGCCCCUUUCUUCACAGGACUCGAGUUGCACCUCUGAGCCUUACUGGUCCCGGGGUCGAGGAAAUGCCGUAUCCAUCGGAAGGUGAGCAGCAGUUUUAUUUUGCUGCGUUUUAACAGAAGGGAAGUGGGUGUGCGGGAGUGCUUGUAGAAUGUCCGCGUUCCGAUCCGGCUUUUGUGCAUGAUAACCUCCUCUAAACACGUUACGGCUAUUGAUUCAUUCCCUAGGCUUUGCUCAGCCUCUGGUAAUCAGGCGUAGCCUGUGUUUUCUGCUUUAGAGCACAGUUGUCGCUUCCUUUUCCCGAGUCAAGUGGGAUGGGAUCCGUGGUCAGUUUUAAACGCCGCUUCGCAUCUGCCAAACAAGAACGCGAUCGCCCUUCUAUUAACGAUAAGUCUCUUCUUAAACUCCCAUAAAACAGGUCAUUGGAAAAUCGUGUAAUAUGCUGCGAAUACCUUGGCUUUUUAAUGCAAUCUGAAAUACUCCGGAGCCACCGACCGUAUUUAGCUGUUUAUCCAAUUUUACUUUGAAUGAUUGCUUCAGCAAACUUGGUGGAGAUCAAAGAAUCCCCCCCUGACACGUUUGCCUUUCAUUAGCGCUGCGCGCUGCAGUCCUGAGGCGGGAGGGGAAGUUCGCUUGGAAGUUUUCCGUUUUGAUACCGUUCGGCUGAGAAGUGUCCAGAUAUUUGAACGCUUUGUCCGCUGGAGUAACUACCAAUUUGGCAAGAUUCACCCGGGGUGAAAAAGGUAAAAAACAAACAAAAAAAAAAAAAAAAAAAAAACAAACCAAAAAAAAAACCACACCACCCAAAAACCCCAAGCCACCCUGCAUGCACCUGUGUGUACAAACACCCCGCGAUCCCUGAUUUUAUGCCUGUAUCUGUGAUCCUGGCUCCUCUGUAGUGGAAAUGGCCUCCUGAAGGAGUCCUGCAUGCAGGAUGUGGAUCGGACCGGCGAAAGGUGUUGGUCCCGCGCCUUCGUGGGAGUCAGGGCCCUUUGCACCACACUUUACCCGGGAUGGGGGUCGGUGUUGACCGGCUUGUUUUAGCGCAUCACCUUGUCCCCUCUCUUCUUCCCUCCCUGAGGGGAAAUGAGAGAGCUCCUCGGGGAAAAAUCCCCAACCACAAACCUUCUCCGACUGAUUUUACCCCCUCGGAUGUGUUGACAGGGGGAUGUGCCUGUGAGCGCGGCGCGUUACGGGACCGCGGCACAGCAGCCCCUCCUCGGCUUCCCCGCUCCUAUAAUUUAUCUGGGGCGGAGGCGAAGGACUGAAGUCAUCGCCCAGCGAGCGAACACGCACACUUUGGGGGGGCCCCGCUUUGCCUUCCCCACCCCCCCCAGCAGCCUCUCCUGCUGGCCUGGGAAGCCGGGGAGAUUUAGAUCUGCGAGGCUUUCAGCCAUCACGUGUUUAAAUAGUUGAUAUAAAACCCCGGCGCAAGGGAUCCAGGCGGGGGGACUUUAAGACCAGCCCUCUCCAGGGACCCUUUUGUUCAGCUCUCAAACAUAAGCACCUUCUCGCCUCGCCAGGACUUCAGUGGCAACUUGGCCAAGCAGGAAAAACACGACUUUGGAAGAGCCGCCCCCGGCUUCGGCAGCCCUCCGAAAUGUCCCGCUCUUUCUAUGUCGACUCCUUAAUCAUCAAAGACUCCUCGAGGCCGGCACCGUCCCUGCCUGAGCAUCAUCACGGCCAGGACUUCUUCAUCCCCCUCAGCAUGCCUUCCCCCCUCGUCAUGUCGGUGUCGGGCCCGGGCUGCCCGUCCCGCAAGAGCGGGGCUUUCUGCGUCUGCCCGCUCUGUGUCACCUCGCACCUGCACUCCUCCCGCCCCGGCGGCGGGGCCAUCCCCCUGCUCAAGAGCCAGUUCCCCGCCGCAGCCGGCGAGGCCCAGUGCUGCCCGCGGCCCGGCCACGCUCACCACCCGCCGCAGCACCCGCCGCCCGCUGCAUCCGUGCCCGCCGCCGCCGCCGCCGCCCUGGGCCACCCGGCGCAUCACCCACCUGCCUGUGCCGCCACCACCUACAGCGUCAGCGACCCCCGGAGGUUUCACUGCCUCGGCAUGGGAGGGUCCGACUCCAGCCAAAUUCAAAACGGGAAAAGGAUGAGGACAGCUUUCACCAGCACCCAGCUCUUGGAACUGGAGAGGGAAUUCUCCUCCAACAUGUACUUGUCCCGCCUGCGGAGGAUCGAGAUAGCCACGUACCUGAACCUGUCCGAGAAGCAAGUGAAAAUCUGGUUCCAAAACAGGAGGGUGAAGCACAAGAAAGAAGGCAAAGGCACCCAGCGCAACGCGCACGGGGGCUGCAAGUGCAGCACCAGUCAGGGGCACUACCCCAGGUCGGAGGAUGAAGAGUCUCUAUCCCCCUCGUCGGCUACCGAGGAUAAAGAGAUCUCCCCGUUAUGAGCCCGGCCCGGAGCUUCACUCCCGCCGCCGAAUGCCAGCCCGGAGCGGGGCGGCGGCUCACCUGGCACCGCUGCCCCGGAGACAGCAGCCCGCCGACCCGGAGUGGGCUGGCCCUCGCCGGCCGGGAGGUUCAUUUCAUCCCUUCGCAGUAAUAGAGAGAUAUAUGAAAAUAUAUUUUUGGAAUGUAAAUGUUUUAGUCGUGAGAGUUCAACUGAAACGUUAUUUAUGUAACCCCAGGAGCGGGCACCUGCUCUUCCUAACGUGUAACACAGGACUGGAUUCUCAUGGCCCAGGCUGCCUCCCCUCGCCUUUUCCCCAGGAAAUGUGAAUUAAAACAAAACAAAAAAAGAAAAAAAAAAAGAAAUAAAAGAAAAGAAAAAGAAAAACCACAAACCGAGACAUUAAAAAACUGAAAAGCAAAUAAAAACUUGUAAGGCUGCGAACCUCCUGGAUGAACAAAAAUAAGAAAAGAAAUAAAGAUCAGUCGUUUGGGUUUGGGACGGCAGGUUGUUUGUGAAUAGUUUUAUAUAAAAUUUAUAUUUAUAUUUAUUUAAAUAAAAGAGAUCAGACGAGA